AGUAGUAAGUACCAAUGAUGUAGCUACUAUCAGUGUGUGUGUGUGUGUGUGAGAGGGGUGUUGCUGUAUGCUGAUAAGCCAGUGGGAGGGCAACACUGAUAAACUGUUACAUGUUCACAAUCUACGCUGCGUGUAUACACACAUGCUUGUUUAGAUAGAAGUUAGUCUAUUGCUGAUUAGGACUGGUGUAUUUCAAAUGUUUUCAGGUUCACUUGUGGGUUUCAUUAUUAAACCAACAAGGAUGAGGUUCCCUUGUGUAAUAUCUGCCCUUUUCCUUCUCAAGCUGUCUGUAUGCCCGCUUCUUUCUCUGGAGAUAAGGUGGGGCUAAUGGGGAACUGUCUGCUAAACUGACUACGAUGGAUGGAUGGAUCCACUGCUGACAGACUAGAAAAUGGCUGAUUCUUGAUGUUGACCAGUCUACAACAGAGGAACAACUGGAGAUGAUUUGAACCAAAAACAAAGCCUAUUAGAUCCAGAUUAUGACUGACUCUGAAGCCUCAAGUGUGGGGGAGAAUCCCCCUCCCUACAUGAUAUUUGUGGUGGUGUUCCUCUUCUUCCUCACUGGACUGCUGGGCUUCCUCAUCUGCCACCUGCUGAAGAAGAAAGGCUACCGCUGCCGAACUGGAGACAUGGACGAUGAAGAUGAGGAUGAGAAAGUUGGAGGAAAUACAGAUGAGGAGGAUGAAGAGAACCAGGAUACAGUGGAGCAAAUCCUCAAGUGCAUCAUUGAAAAUGAAGCAAACAUGGAAGCUUUCAAUGAGAUGUUGGGAAACCACAAUGUCUGUGUGCGCCAUGACCCCAGGUUGCGUAAGGAGUCAAUUGGUGGUGUUCCUCCCCAUCACCACACAGUCCACUCAGGCACCGACCACAACUCCUGCCACCUCUGUGCUCAGGUUCAAUCUAAAAAGGGCCGCAGACAAAGCAGAACCCCCCGAUACAGACAACGGCCUGGAGAACAGACCGUAUUCUCUGUUGGCAGAUUUCGGGUGACGCACACUGAUAAGAAGCUCCAUGGAGGUCCCAAUCCAUUGGUCAGUUCAGGGGACCAGCUGGACCAAUCCCAGGAUAGUGAGGAGCAGAAGGAGGGCGGGUACAACCUGAGGAGCAUGUUCAAGGAUGUCGGGACCUCCUCAGAGGGGGCCAAUGGGGUUGUCCCAAAUGUGGGGAAGCGAAGGAAGAGUGUGACCAUAUUUGGGCUGAGGCGGGGCAGUGAAACUGUUGGCAUUAAAGAGGUGGAGGGGACAGGUCGGGAGGCCGGAGGCGUUAAAUUUGCCAUUCAGAAGCAGCCUGUCGUAUUGGAGGAGCUGGUACAAGCACAGAACAUUGAGAUUGCUUCUGAAUGUGGUACUAAAUGUGGUUCUACACCUGGAACUGAGCCCUCACAGAAUGAAAUGCCUGCUCCACUGCAAAGGGAGGUUGAAACAUCAGGUUCUGUUAAUUCUCCCUCUUUUCCAAGUAAGAAACAGCCCCAUGACUUUAGCUCUGCUCCUGAACCUCGUAUGAACCUCAUAAUUAAACCUUCAGUUGGGAGUAUGGCAACUUCCGCCCUCAGCUCAUUUCUCAUUUCAUCUCCCACUAUGCCCGGACAUACAUAUACUGCAACAGAGAAACAGGGACAUGCUGGAGACAAAAUUAUGAAAAAUGAACAGGAUUAUGAUCCUGGGCCUCUUCAGACCUCUACACCAACUGUCCCCAUGGCAGGAUUUAUUCCAGGUUUCACUCCUGUCAUUCCUGCUGGUCAGAGUGAAUCCUGUUUGAGCACAGUUUUUCCAGUCAUCCAGACUCCCCCUGACCCAAGCUCCAGCCCAGAUCUGGAACACGGCUUUGGUGCUAGCCUAGCUUUUAUAAGUUUAGGCUCAUCACCUCAGUCUUCAUUCCCAAUCAAGUUCCCAUCUUCAACCUCUUUGUUAAAAACUCCUACAUCACCUCAGACUGUCAUGUCUAGCCCUGCACUAAGCUCAAGAAAUAAACCACCAGAGACUACAAAAACAGCUCGAUCACCUGCCCUCACUCCAAGUCCCAAACUUCCAUCAGGUCAAGCGAUGUCCAGCCAAUCUAAUAUCGCCAGUUCAUUAGAAGCCCAAACUCCCUCUCCUGCUCUUAGUAGUAGCCCCAAACUUACCACCUUUCCAGUAUCAUCACAACAACACAACAUCACAACUCUCUCCUCUUCUCCAGCUGACCAAAACCCAGGUUUCAGAAGUUCAACUCCUCUGCAGUCAGAAAGUGUCAUGUCUGUAAAAUCUAUGACCACAGGCGAUAUGGUUUCAAGCCCACUACCUAUAAAGGAAGAAGAGCAAGCCAGAAUCCCAAAUACAGAAGAGAAGACAGAAAAAAAGAUGGUUGGGAUUCUCAAAACAGCUGAACGUUCCCCAGUGGAGGGAGGUGUUAAAGGCCUUGCCCUUUCCUUUCCCUCUGAUCCGGUUCAUAAAGAUAGACUGAGCAGUUUGCAACCGUCUCCCUCCGGCCCACUGUCCACAGCCGCAUCAGGAGGGAGCAGAAUAAGUAGUAGGACCAUCAUCAAAGCCAGCCCUGACAGCAAGAGAGAGUUUUCUGUUGUCACUAUGAUGGAGGAUGAAGAGUCCACUUCAUUAACAAAAGACCAGAAAAGAGAAACAUGUAAAGUUGGGGCGGAAUUUGAGAAAGUUGAAUUUAGUCCAGCAGUUGGUCAGGGGGAAACGUUUUCUGUUUCAUGUAAGGGGCAAACUGAGAGUCAAAGAGGAGAGACUAAGCCAAUGUUGAACCAAGAAAAAGAAGACAUGGUGGAGAUGGAAGAUAUAAAAGACUGCAAGGUGAUGCAGUUGCAGGAAGCAGAGAGAGCGAGGGAGGAGGUGGAGAAGACGGUAGACACUCAGCUGACAUAGGACUAAGAGGUGAAUUCUCAAGAUGGUGAAAGUUGAAGCCAUGUGAUAAUCCAAGUAGUCUUGGAUUAUUAUAUGAAGUAUGGCACCACUCAGCUGAGUUUUGAUGAUAAAAUACAUAAUGAACACACCUUUGCUCAUUUAACCACAGCUGUGAAUAUAUUGCACUAAGGACUGGCAGGUUAGGGUCAGUUGUGGAAAGUCCCAGAUUUUGACAAAUGACAUACACUUUACAACACAGCUAACCUUUUAUAUAACAUGCUUUUGUGUUUUUGCCUUUUCGAGCAAUACUAGUCACAUGGCUCUAAGGAUAGAAAUGUCAGUUGGCUUUGGUCUAGGCUAAUAUAUCUCAACUAUCAAUCCUUGGACUAUUGUUAUUCGCCGAUUGUUCCUCUAACACCACCACGAGGUUAAUGUUAGUAAAAUAUCUCAAUAACUGUUGGAUAGAUAGCCAUUCAGUUGUAUCAACAGUCCCGGGUGAUGAAUCGUUAUGAUGUUGAGAGAUUCCCACAUUAUUCAUUCCAACAACCUUGGUUCUUACUUGUGCUAUCCUCUGGAGUCUCCAUGAGGUUUACGGAAUGAUUAUUAUACCUCAACAACUGCCAUAACAUUUGGUUCUGACACGUAUGUAGUCUUCAUGAUGAAGUUUAUCAGUGUUUGACAUUUCACCUGGCACCAUUAUCAGGUCAACAACAGUAGUCCAAGUCUGGGGGCCCUGGAUACCU